AGCUCUCUUUUCCUCCAUAUAAGGAGCCUAUCUUGGCAUUCGUUUAUAUUUCGUAACUUAGCAUCGAUCCCUUUUCUUUCUCUUAAAUUGUUAUAGCUCACUUUUCCUUAAAAAAAUACAAACAUGGCCUCAAGUUCUAUGAGCUCGUCUUGGACGUCUACACAAAAUAAGAUGUUCGAGAGGGCUUUAGCUUUUUAUGACAAAGACACUCCAGACCGUUGGCAAAACGUGGCCAAAGCCGUCGGGAAUAAAUCGGCAGAGGAAGUCAAAAGUCACUACGACAUUCUCGUUGAAGAUCUCAUGAACAUAGAGCAAGACUUAGUCCCUUUGCCAAAAUACAAGACCGUCGAUGUUGGAAGUAAAUCAAGAGGCAUCAAUGAUUACGAUCUGAGGUUAAUGAAGAAUAUGAGGAUCCAGUGAAGCCUGUUACACUGAUGAUCACCGAUCAGUACUUAUAUUUUCAUUGUGUCACUUCAUUACUUAUUUAAUCUUAUUUUCACAUCAAAUAUUGUGGUUUUGUUUCUAGUUAUUGGUUAUUAUAUAGUUUUGUCAGUUUUUUUUC